GAACACGAUCGCAGCAGAUCCAGGCCAAGAUAAUGGCUGACAACAGCAUUCAGCAAGCGUUGAUGGAGGACAAUCCUCCCAAUGUGCUGAAAAAUAUGCCAUCUGAAGGAGCUAAAAGGUUUCGACGAUGCAGAUCAACUCCCGCAGACCCCACGAUAAAAAACCUGAAGAACGUGGCUCUGCGCUUCAAGCCAAGGAGUUAUUCAAGGAUUUACGGCCAAGCUUCAGACUUGUAGGCCUCCUCCUCUUUGUCUACCUGCUAGUGGGUGUCAUCGUCUUUUACCUUUUCAUGAAUCAGAUAUCUGGGGAGAGGACUAAUAGAGUGCUUGAUGCCAUGUACUUCGUUGUUGUCACAAUGACCUCGGUUGGCUAUGGGGAUCUUGUCCCAAACAGUGACACGACAAAGCUGCUUGCUUGUGCUUUUGUCUUCAUAGGCAUGGCGAUAAUUGCUCUCUUCAUCAGCAAAGCGGCGGAUUAUCUUGUUGAGAAACAGGAGGUGUUGUUCUUCAAAGCACUGCACAUGAACAUGAAGGGUGGCGAGGCCAAAAUGCUCAAAGCAAUGGAGACAAAUCGGAUCAAGUACAAAUUCUACACUGUCGCUCUACUUCUUGCGAUGGUUGUUGCUGCUGGCACUCUAUUUUUGUGGAAGGUUGAGAAGCUGACCAUUGUUGAUUCCUUCUACUCUGUCUGUGCCACAAUCACUACCCUGGGUUAUGUGCAUAAAAGCUUCUCGUCCAAACUGGGGCGUGUUUUUGCGAUAUUUUGGAUAAUCAUGAGCACUAUCCUCAUGGCUCAGUUCUUAAUGUGCCUUGCCGAACUCUAUACAGAGCGACGGCAGAAAAUGCUGGCCAAAUGGGUGCUCAACAGGAGGAUAACAACUAUGGACCUUGAGGCAGCUGAUCUGGAUGGUGACCGGCAAGUUGGUGCUGCUGAAUUUGUACUUUACAAGCUAAAAGAGCUGGGCAAGAUCAGCCAAGAGGAGAUAUCUUCUUUCCUUGAGGAGUUUGACAGGCUCGAUGUUGACCAGUCUGGCACACUCUCGGCUUACGACCUUACUCUGGCACAAACCCACCAGUGACUGUUGUAUGCAUAUGUAUUUGAUUUUGCUGCUUGAGUGGUUUUGGUUGAUGUUAUUAACAUUUCUGUUGUCCAUAUGUACACUGUAAUCUUGCAAAGCUACAAAGAACCUUAAUUGAAUCAA